GGACCGUAUGUUUGCUCGUACACGCGCGGCAGGCUGUUUGGUUUAUGUGAACGCGCUGCGCGUCUCUCGGCAACCCGGUUCGAUCGAGUGCAGAGACUACGAGCCAGCAAGCUACUUCGCCGUCCAUCGGGGCUGUGUUGCCCUGCCCAGCAGAGAUGGAGAAUGAAGAGAUGGAGAAUCUCGACCCAGUCUCAGCAGUGAAUUCCCGUCUGGCUGCUUUGUCUCUCUCUUCAUUUCCAGGAAUCACAUCUGAGAAUUGUCAGCAUCAUUCCCAAGAGAGGCUUCAUCAAGCAGAAAAUUCCCAACUUUCCGUGCAGACUUCUGAGCAGGAGGCACAGCCCUCAGGAGAUGCUGCUUCAAAGCUCUGCAACCAAUCAUCACCUGCCAAGAAUCUUGAAGAAGGAAAAGCACCUACUUGGACUAAUUCAACUCUUAGCCAGAAUGUUCCUGCUGAGUCCGUGUAUCGCUCUGACCCCCUCGCUCUUGAGGCUCGGCUUGCAGCAGAGAGCAUAAAAGAACAACACCCUCCCCUGCAAGUCCCAACUGUCUGGACCUCUCCAGACAUCAAGGAAUUCAAAGCAAAGCUGAGGCACGAGAAAGGCAAAGUCUUGACUGUGUACCGUGGAGAUGUCUUGACGGUCAAUGUCCCCACUGUUCCCGAGGGAAAGCAGGUCUGCUGGGAAUUUGCAACUGACAACUAUGACAUUGGAUUUGGAAUUUAUUUUGACUGGACGCCUGUUGUAAGCAGAGCCAUUACUGUCCAAGUGAGUGAGUCAAGUGAAGAUGAAGAUGAAGAAGAAGAUGUUGAAGGCCCUGUUAGUCCAGGAGAUGUGGAGAAAGGAUCCAAAACUUCACGUAUGUCUCAUCUGGGAGAAAUUUUGCCUGUCUACAGGCAAGACAGCCAUCUGAUGGUGCAGCAUGGGAGCCAUGAAUACCCAGGAGAAGGAACAUACCUCCUGAAAUUUGACAACUCCUACUCACUGUGGAGAAACAAAACUCUUUAUUACAGAGUUUAUUAUAGUGAUUGAGAAGCAAUCUAAGGCUUUUCAAGGACUGCAGAUGACACCGAGAUGUUCCUCUUUCCCGUGUUGUGAUUUCUGUCAGUGUUCCCCCUUUCAGAGGGGUGGCUUCAUGUACUGGUAAUGUGGUUCAUAAGAAAAGUGCAAAUCCAAGUCCUCAGCCUGUGAAUUUCAAAACUACUACAGUUUUGUAAUAGUAGACAGGGAAACCCACAUGUUUGACUUUCCCUAGUGGUUUUUGGGGGAAAAUGAAGCCACUGUAUGGUGUUAAAAAAAACAAACUCUACCCACUCGAAAGCCAACCUUCCAGCCAAAUACUUCACAUCUAUAAUACGCUGGCAGUAUUUGAAUGGUCUGCCCUCAUCAGUGGAUACCCUUCUGUAAGUCAUGGCACCUGAGUUGUGUGAGCUGCAGGAACGUCAGGGGAAAUGUGCUGCUUGACUCAUGGGUACCUCCGAUCUGUAGGAAAAUGUGUAAACGCUUCUGUUAUUUUCUGCAUGGUUAUGAUUGGGUUUCAUAGUCAGCAAUUUAGUAUGCAGGAGGAAAAAAAAAAGAAUUCCUUGUUCAUCUCCUGUGCUGUGACAGAGGGUUUUUAUAAUAAUUUACACUUAAGUAGAGUAUAUUAAAAUGGCAGUCAGUCAUCUGAUUAGAAUUUUAGGGUGCCUGCAUUAGGAAGCUACCAACUUAUUGGUUUAGCAUCAUCAGCCCAGUGCUGCAGGUUCAUUAUGAACAACAUGUCUGAAAAGGAUGAGGAAAUAGAAGGCACCUAGGAAAAGAAAUGAGAAAAUAUUGGUAUUAAUUAUAAAAUAGUUGACUUUUUGAGAUGAAAGACAAGGCUGUAGUGGCUUAAUUCAGGGAGGCUGUUGAAUCUGGAGAAUCUGUAAUUCAAUUAUAUCAUUGAUCAGUGAGCCGAGACACAAGUCAGACGUGUUUUAUUUGGGCUUUGUGCAAACUCUCUGGUGCUCAUCUCGCCUGUGAUGUUACUGUGAGGAUGGCCUUUUCUUUUGAACGGAAUGUAUAUUUACUGUGUACGACAAUCACUGCUUUUCUCACCACGUGCAGCCUCAUUUCCUUUUGUCCAAUAUACUGUGUUUCCAGUAGCAUGAAAACCAUUACAAACCUAUGCACACAUUUACACUGACACGUUUAUGAUGUACUCUGACGCAGACACACACAUUCUGUAAUGUUUAGAAAUUCACUCCUGCUGAUUUGCACAGCAAAUUCCCAGACACACACACACGCACACGCACGCACACACAUGCACACAGAUCAUUUCAGAAUCACUAGGCCCACAAGCGUGUCUGGGCUGCACACAUUUUCAGGUUGUAUAUACGAUAUGGUGGUCCAGGUGACACAGGUGUCUUUUCCAAGUGAAGUAAGCGUUGUGCUCAAGCCAAAAAACAUUGAAAUUGUUACAUGGAUAACUGCAGAUUUAUUUCUUUUUAAAGAUGAUAGUUUACAACAUCACCAGCAGAUAUGAGAUUUUUAAUUGUAUCAUAGUGAAGGCAGAUCUGUGAUUUUUAUUAAAUGUGGAAACAAAGUAUACUGAGAUAAUAUUUUCUAAGUGGGUACUGAAUGUCAAUGUUUGUAGCAAAAACUAUAAAAUUCAGAUCAUUUUUUUUAUAAAACCAUGUACUUGCACUAAUGAUUGUAGUACAUAUUAACUAGUAAUGAAAAAUUGUAAUAUAUAUAUAUAAUGAAUCUGUCAAUGGAGUUUGUUUUCUUGACCCUCUAAUGGAUCAGAGGUUUCUGUCACUGGUCCCUAAAUGACUCCUGAUGUCUUUUAACAAAAUAAACUGUGUGAUGCCAACUAA